GUGAUUGAGAAUUAUUUGAUCGUCCUUCUGCAAGAAAAGGGUAAAAUUAUUAUAGAAUCAAAUUGAAUUCGGAAAUAAUAAAUGGUACAAGUAGUGCAAUGCAUGCCAUAGAACGUGCAUCUUACGACUUGUACGUACGUGCACCGCACCACGGCCAUGCACUUUAAACACCCCCAAAAUUCUCGCGGCCAACGCUUACCCCUCUUCCAAUGGCGGAAAGAAUUCCGCCGCCUAUCCCCACCGCCAAAGGCGUUCGAUCCGCGGCGGAUCCGAUCCUAUCCGAACAAAUAGACCGAUCCGCUGCUCAGAUCCCCGAGCUGAAACUUCCUCAACACGUCGCUCUAUCCAAACCAGACGAAAUCAGCUACGAAUCGCUUGUGUCGAGGGAAGAUGAAUCGGUGCGAGGAUUAUUGAGAUCGGUGAGGGAUUUCGGAGCAGUUGGAAUCAGCGAUCACGGAAUUCCAACGGAGGAGCUGAGAUUCGCUUUGGGUAAUUACAGCGAUCGGAUAUUCACGGUCGAGUACCGCACCAGUUAUGGAGAUCACGAGCAGAUUGAAUGGGGCGGCGAUGAUCGCCGGAUUGCUGAAGAGGCUGCGGCGGCGAUCGGUGAGCAGAAUUAUCAGAUUUUCCGCCAAAAGAUGGACAAUGCAGCAAUAAAACUCGAAGCAAUUGCCAAAGAAUUGGCUGACGUCAUAGCUCAAAGCGGCAUAAAUCAAUAUCAUGAAACAAUUAAAUUUGGAGAGUCAAAAUUUAGCAUUCAGAGGUACAAUCGAACCAAUCGAAAUUCAUCAUCCGUAAGUAGUGAAACAAGGCAAGAAUCCGAGCCCUAUGCUUUGAGCCUCCAUCUUUUCCUAGAGUCGGGUGAAUUCCGCCUCAAACAUGACUUAAGUCUCGUCUCAUUUGAAACGAAACCCGAGUCCCUUAUUGUGACCACGGGGAAACAGAUUGAGGAAUGGAGCGUGGGAGAAAUUAAAUCGGCGGAAGGGAAAUUCAUGGUGAAGCCUCUUCUUCACACGAGCAAGGCGUCGCUUUCCUUGCGACAGAAAUGGACAAUAUCCAAGUCGAAAUCAGACAAGGCUAUUUCUUUGUCGGAACAGAUUUUGAUUCUACUCGUUAUUGCAUUGCUUUAUAAGUUCGUUUCUUACAUAUUUUCUUGAAUAUAUUAAAUGCUCAAAUAAUAGCAAUCUUGAAAAUAUGGGCUAUCUAUUGCCGUGAUGAGAUUUUGCCACGUUUUUUUUUUUAUGAGACAUAUGAAACUAAAAGCACUGCAUUAUUUGUAUGUGCGAUGUGUACUAUUGAGGCAAGUCAGACGCAUUGUUUUUGGAAGUUUUUAUGUAUGCAAUGAAUUGAUUAUAUCAUUAAUCACUA